UGGAAUGAUCGCUGGUUACUAAAGCCCUUAAAGCCCUAGAUCGUUGUGCUUGCUCGGGAAAGUGGGGGAACGCUUAGAGAUGGCCGCGUCGUCCUUGUUGCAAGCUCAAUUCUCGCCCGCGAGCUCGUCACUGGACGCAUGCCAGGUUUCGUAUGGAUCCAGCGCCAUUAUCAGCAUUUCUAGAGUCUCCGUGAGGCAAUGCUGGGCACGGAGGAGCCAGCGAGUCUUUUGUGUCGCGACGAAAAUCGAGGAGCUGGAGCCGGUGAUCCCGACCUCUGCGGAAAUCCACACCCUCCUCAGAGAAGUUUGCGAUGAGACGAAGAUCGCGGAGCUUAAUGUCAAGGUUGGCGCGUUUAACCUUCACAUGAGAAGAAGCGUUCCUGCUCCAAAGCCUCCUCCGGCGGCGUCAGUCGCUGCUCCACCAGUGGCGGCACCAGCGGCAGCACCGGUUUCUAGCAAGCCGGCUGCUCCAUCAAAACCGGCCGCGAAAACUUCCAAAGUUUCGCCGAUGAUGUCCAAGGCUGUUGCUUAUGACGAGCUCCAAAAGGCAGCCGCGGAGACCGGAGUGGUCUUCGUUAAUGCUCCAAAGGUUGGUCUGUUUCGACGAUCUCGUUUAGUGAAAGGAAAGUUUGGUGCACCUCUUUGCCAAGAGGGCCAGACGGUGAAGGAGGGCCAAGUCGUGUGUUACUUGGAGCAAUUUGGAACUCAAACAGCAGUGGAGAGCGAAACGUCUGGAGAUGUGAUCAAAGUUCUUUGGGAAGACGGAGUGCCGGUUGGCUAUGGAGAUCCACUCAUCGCAUUGAAGCCCAAGAAAUAGAAUCAACGGUAGAGACUAACGGUGCCAAUAAUAUUUUUUGGAAUCAAAGCUUUUUGGAGACUAUUUAAAGAGACCAUUACUCA